UGUUAUUUGUUGUGUCGGUGUCAUUCGAAAUGUACAUGUUAAGGCUUUUCUCCAUCAUUGUCGUGCUUACGAUUGUUGGUGUUCACGCUAAAGAUUUGAAAUGUCAAGUUCCUAUUGCGGCCCCCAAAAAUAUUGAAAAAGUGGUUAACCAGUGCCAGGAAGAAAUUAAGACGGCCUUAUUGUCAGAGGCCUUCCAUUUUCUCACUGACAACCAAAGUGUUAAUUCAAGUCGACGAAAGCGCGAAACAUUCACGGAGGAAGAAAGAAGAAUUGCAGGAUGCCUGCUUCAAUGCGUCUACCGAAAAAUGAAAGCGGUGAACAGUAACGGUUUUCCUACGGCGGAAGGUCUUAUUGCUUUGUAUACGGAAGGUGCACAGGAUCAGGAGUAUCUUCUCGCAUCUCAUCAAGCUGUAAGUCAAUGUUUAGUUGACGCCCAAAAGAAGCAUUUACCAACACCGCAUUCAAUAACAAUAAAAGGAAAAACGUGCGAUAUCGCUUUUGACGUAUUUGACUGUGUCUCAGAUAGAAUUGGAGAGUAUUGCGGACAAAGUCUGUGAUAUCCAAAAUUGUUGAGUUCAGGUAAUGUUAAUUAGAAAACUGAUUUAUGAGUGCGAAGAAGUUGUUAAGUAAUAAACUUUACAA